AUGCCCCUCGGCCCGCAGCUCCCCAUCCUCGGCACCCUCAGCCUCCUCGCACGCAACACUGGCGACGUCCUCCAGACAUUUCCCAUCGACGUAGAGAGAAUCACCAUCGGACGGGACGCAGACUGCGACUUGAGACUGUAUUACCAGGACGUGUCCAAGAUCCACGCAGAGCUUGUAUUCGAUUUGACGACUGGACAAGCAAGUAUUCAUGCUAAAGGCGGCAAUGGAUUCAAGUUCCAUCCUCACAACGGCGACACGAGCACCUACAAACCACCUUCCGUCGUUCAGCUCAACGAUAACGACACCAUCAUCCUUCGCAAUAAGCGGUUCUUGUUCAGCUACGGCAACGCAUUUGCUCAAGAGGAGGUACCCAUGUCGCCAGCGGUUCGAGCAGCAACUCCCGCGAGGCCUGGCACGCCUGCUUCUCCCGCCAAAAUCACUUCCAUCACAUUUUCCCCAGCUAGGAAAAGAUCGUCCUACAGGAUGUCUCUUGUCCCGGCCGGUACGAAUUUUGUUCCCUUUGCGUUAUCCCCUGCCAAAAACAGACGACACAGUACUUUGGGUCUCGGUGGUCUGGGCGAAGGCGCGGGUGGGAGCAAGUCCAAGCUUGCCCAGGAGAUGCAUGCUGAGGCGGAGGAAGAGACCGAAGACGCGCUUCUCGCGGUGACUGAAGGUGAUGGAGGGGACAAGAUUUAUAUCGAGGCGGCGGAGGACGAGGAGGAUAAAGAGGAGAUUGUAUUCUCUGCCAUCCAGACCAACCCUUUCAUGACUCCUCAACCCAAGGGAAAAGCACCUAUGCGAAACACAAGUGCCGUCCCCCGCACUCGCACGUUCACUGAUCAAGCCGCCGGCAACAAACCUCUCGACAUCUCCACUCCCCCUCCUUCCAGCCCCCACAAGUCUCCUCGCAAGCUUCCUGUAACUCCCGUCCCCGUCCCCGCCCACGUCGCUCUUUCCACCCCCAAGGGACCGGCGACCCUGCGUAAAGCACUUCUACUACGCUCAGCGCGCAAGGUGUGGCAUGAGACGCAUGCUACGGGUAUUGAUGGAGCGAUGCAGGAUGGGCAUAUCGAAAUCAGGCGGAAGAGUACUAGUCCUAGGGAUGGGUCGAGGAGGAAAAGCUCAAGUCCACAGGAUGCGCCUCCACCGCCCGAUUCGAGCAGCGACGAGGAUCUGGAUAUGGCCGAGAGUGAAGAGGCGGCUGAGGACUUUGAGCCCGAGGGCGAUGGUCAGCUCCGAAUCGUCUUCGAAGAUGGACAGGCAGACAUCUCUUUUGACUCUGACUCGAGCGGUCUGGAAUCUGCCGAUAUAUCUCUGGACAUCCCCGGUCAAGGCGUCAUUCGAUUGGACGAUCUGGAGAAUGAACUCGAAGAGGAAUUCAUCAACGAAUCGGACACUGACGCCGAAGAAUCUGUCGCUCAGACGGAAGGCGAUGAACUUCACGGCCAAGAAUCGUUCGGGGAGUACGAUGGUCCAAUUCGAAAGGAGAUGGAGGCGGCCGAAGACCAGGAUGACGAACACAAUGAGCUUCCGGAAGAGGAUUUCGAUGAAGAGGACGACCUGGCCACAUCUUUACCUGGGACACCUCAAGCUCGUUCCAUUGCGACAAAUAAAUUCUUCACUCCUCAAAUCAAACAUAGCUCCGGCUUCAGCCAGAUGCGUCGCUCCCUCGGACCUCCCAUGAGAGUGCCUGUGACUCCCGAUUCGCAUAGACCUUUCAACGGUGGCCGUACUCCUGGGUCUCUUGGCAAGCCCAGCAGGCGCCUUGACCUCGGUGUACCCAAGCAAGAGGUCGAAGAAGUUGAGCAGGAGCAGGAAGUCAAACCGCAGCCGGCAAUAACUCCAGUCAAGUCUACUCCCAGAAAGUCUGCCGCUGCCAUCGUCGAGGCCAAGCGACUUCAUGAAGCCCUUGCUACACCCCGCACCCUUCCCGCCAUGCCUGCAAGCGGGUUCAAAAACCCUGUCCGCGAGAUCAAACUCACCCACCUCACCCCCAGCCACCCUGCCCUUUCCCAUCAUACGCCUGAGCCAGAAUCUGAUCUUGAGGAGGAGCAGGAAGCCCCAGUUCAUUCGCAGCCGCAGCAAAAGCGUGAUGUACCUGGUACACCGCUCAUUGAUAUCAAGAAGAGGCUUGACAGUAUGAGGAGGCAAAGCGUGCAGCGGAGUGGGGCGAAACCUGCAAACAGACGAGCUACCGUCGGCUUUGCCCUUCCUAGCACUCCCUCGCAGAAGGCUUCUGGCUCUGGUCAACUAGGCUAUUUGAGCGUUGCGCGUAAUCGCACAAUGGAUCAAGCACCCCGCACACCCAUCUUCCCGUUGCUGAAACGGGAGCUGGUAGUAGAGCAAGUCACGUCACCGGACGAUAUGCAAGUGGACGAGAAGGACGAAAGCCCUACGCCUGCCACACAAUCCCAGAUAGUGACGUCUCCUACUCCCAACCAGAGCGUCAGUCAACAGGCUGGACCCUCCACCCCCUCGUUCGCCGGGUUGCGGCAGAUGAUGAAGACUCCUCAAGCCGCCAAGACUCCCCAUCUUUCGGGCAUUCGCCACCUCUACCCUCCCCUUCCUCAGCGCACAGCUUCGCCCUCUCUCACCGGCGUAAAAUCUCUACUAGCCGAGCCAAAGGAAGUCCAGACACCAGACUUUACCGGUGUCAAGGUGAUGCUGGGUGAAAGCAAACUGCCCCAGACGCCAAGUCUGGUCGGUGUGAAGAGGAUGUUUGGGGAGAUGAAGGUUUCAGAGACGCCGAAUAUGGAAGGGUUGAAUGAGAUGUAUGAGGAGGAGGUCGAAGAGGCUCUUGGAGAAGCAAAUUCGUCGAUGGAGGAGACUGGGAUUGAUGUCGAGAUGGCUGAUAAAGUCAAGCAGGAAGAAAAUGGCGUCAAGGUCGCGGGAAAAGCUGCCACCAAGCUUCCAAGGCUAGCAGACUCUACCAGUGCUAGGACCAGACAUGCGGCUCUCGCCGUGGAAGAGAGUUCGUCCAGGCCUUCACGAGCUACUACCCGGAAGGCUACCACCUCUACCGCCGCUCCUCAGCCAAAGUUCAAGCCUUCUAGGGCUACUCGCAAGGCUGAUCCGGAAGCUGCUGCUGUCACCGAAACUGAACCUGAGCCUACCUCUCGAUCGACUCGUAGUCGUCGAGGAGCGAGCCAUAAGCCUACUGAAAGUGGCAUGUCGCGUGCUACUCGUGCUCAGUCAACUGCCGAGCCUGAGGAUCACCCUGUGGCUGAGGACAUGCCUCCUGUCCCAGCGCUGCCUGCCGCCAAAGGCAGAUCGGUGUCCGCCAGGUCCACGCGUAAGGCUUCGGCUGAAGUUGAAGAGAUCAUCGAGGAGAAACCCUCAAAGGCGACCCCUGCAAAGAUGGUCCUGAGCCAGAUCGAAGAGCAGCCAGUCGUCGAAGAGAGAAAGUCUGCUCCUACCCGAGCCAAGCGAGCUGCCGUUACCGCUCCUUCUGCUACGACUACCGGUCGACGAACGGUCUCUGCCCCUACUCGUUCCAAGGCUUCCGAUAGCGCCGAAGCCCCAGCUGAGAAGCUUUCUGCACCUGUCAGGAGAACCAAGGCGAAGAUCACGGAGAAGGAGAAUGAUGAGACUCUGGCUGAGGAGAAGGAUGAAAAGCCAGUUGUGAAGAGAAGGGCUGCCACGGCAGGAGCUUCUGGGUUGCCUGUUCCGUCUGGGAGGGUUACGCGAAGUAGGAAGUAA